GGUGGCACAAUUGGGUGGGGCCGCAACCACAAUUUUCGGGAACAUACUGCACCGCCAUCAAAAGAAUGAUGGAACAAACUGUUUCGAUGAUGAAUUAUUAUUAGGUACGGAAAACGGGUGUUUCGGCCAGACUUUUAUGUCUUCAUUCGCCAGUAUAGCCGCCCGCCCACACGGGCCACAAAUGAUACACAUCACCACCGCCAAGUCAAACCUGGGCAAAUCACCACCAAGAACAAGUCGUCUCCUGGACAAACCAUGCCCCAACUGUUCAUUUUCCAGUGACGGCGACAAAGUCGCAUCAUAAACCUCACAAAAUGUAAUUGUGAUGAACCCGACCAAUCCCCGAACUCUAUUGGAUUGAUACGCACUCACCGUAGGACAGAGGAAAGGGGGAAGGAAAAGGGAAAAAAAGUGAGCAGCGAGCAUGGUUCAAGACGAGAGAAUAAAUUUAUUGCUUGUCACUUGAAGCGCAUUCCAUGUCUCCACAUGCAAUUGCAACAUAAAAAAAAAGCGACAGAGGCCGGCAAUGGCACAACGGGAUAAAUCAUAGAAUAUAUAAAUAUAAACCAGUAGGCAUAAACCCUUUUCUCCCCCCCCCGGGAUGAAUAUCACCGAGCGACGAGCAGGGAAAGAGGCAGGGCUGCGCAUGAAUCCAUUGAGCCUUGCCAGCGUCUGGUUUGCUGAAAGAUUAUGGCUGCUGAUUGUGAGCUGGCUGGGGAAUAUUAAUAAUAGGAAGGUGGCGAUGGCAUCUGAUUUGGGGAAACGGGGUACACCCAACAUGGAUGGUUUAUGUAGUUUUACCCAGCUGAUCAACGCCGGCUGUGUGCGAUGGAUUCCUGAUACUUUUUUACAAGAUCCGCGUGCGCAGCAAAUUAACGUAAGAAUCGCUUGACUCCUUAUCCUUUUUUGCGCCAGAAUGCGUCUGUCUAUCUAUCCGUCCACCUAUUCAUUGUCAUUUUCCUGUCUAUGUCUUGUUCACUGUGGCUAUGGUUCUGUAGAUAUAAAACCAGCAUUUUACAUUUCCUUUCAGCUACCAACUAGAAGCAACCCCAGAAAAAUCUCCCACGAGAUGGAUGCGACAAUUAUCAAGAAUCCCGUCUUGCUGUCGAAUCAACGACAUGAAACAACAAUUGGCCUGAACUACCUAAAGGCCGAGUUGCGAAUGCGCCAUGCCGCCUCUUUAUGCUUUUCUAGAUACGCUACUAGUUCUUGCGCUGCAUCCACAACACCCAGCUUGACGGGAUGGACGAGCACAGGGACUGUCCCCAUUAUCAUCAUGAAUUAACUCUUAAUAACAACAUGCCAUAUUCCCCUUAAACUUCUGAUGCAACACAUAACAAAUUUGUUGAGGAUCUCGCAGUGCGACAACCCCAGGUGCCUGCCUAGUUACCUUGUAUGAUUGGUUAGGCUCGUUCGUGUGUGUGUCUUGCUGCUUUGGUUUCGCGCGGGCCUGGGCUGGUAAAAUAAUAGUCAGCGGGCCAUGGCUGAUACACUGCCAGACCAAAAGAAUGAAGGGUUUUGCCUGUUCAGGUGGCCCGAGAGCCCAGCUAACUGAAGGAUAAAUAUUUUUGUCCUCUAAUAUCUCCGUUCCGUGGGACGUGUGUGUCGCCCGUCAAUAAUCAUCAAGGCCGAGAGUGGCGGUGGAUUCCCUCCCCUCCCUCCCUCCAUCCCUCCAUCCAUCCAUCCAUCCAUCCAUCCAUCCAUCCAUCCAUAGAGUCAUGAAGAAUGCAAUGAGAAAAGGGAAAAAGAAAAAGUCUCAAUGGAUGGAUCUGUAACUUGUAGCCUGUUUCUUCGCCCCUUUCCCCCAGACCAUCUGAAAUCACAUAUGGAUGCUCAUGAACAUGGCGUGCGACUACUCCUCAAACUAAGCCCACCCCAUAACUUUACAUUUAUAACGUCCAUUUGACUGCUUCGACGUGGCCGCACGGCACCGCACCAGGAAGGUGGAUGGGCAAAAUCCGGCCUUACGAAAAAGACCGGAGAUCCAGUCGAUUUUUCUCCUCUUUCCCACUACCAACCAGAGCCAGAACCUUACCGCAGCCAGCGCUGUCUCGUCUCCGCAUGCAUGGCGACCUUUUUAUGCGCAGGAAUCUUGGACAAACUAAAUAAUAACAAUCAAUAGUAAAAGCAUGAUUCUGAAGGAGGGGGAUUUUUAGUUUUACUUUUCUUGCAGCCGUGGCCUUGGUUAGUUGACAAUUGGAUUUUCUAAGGGCCCUCUUUGGGCAAAAAAAACUUCCCAAGGCUAUCCCCUAUAUCGCGUGGGAAUUGGCAGUUUGAAAACGAAUAAAUGCAUAAAUGAGACCCAUAGGCAGUAUCGCAUUAUUAUGAUAUAUCUAAUAAUUUACCUAUUUUCAUUCUUCGAACUACAAAUUGUUGUAUAUCAAGCGGGAGGAGUCUGUACAUAGAACCGCAGAGCGCACAGAGACACGAGCUGUCGCAUUCAUCUGGGCGGAUGCAUUAGUUGACGAAACCUACACAGCCGUCGCAUUCUUGUAAAUUAACAUCCGUCAGGACGAAAUAGCGGGUAGGGAUACUGCUGGAUUUAAUGCGACGUUGCGAUAUGGGAAGACAGCUGGGGGAUGAAACGAUGAUCAUGACCACAAGGUAGCGAGCGGUAGCGAGCGAUAGCACAUGGGAACAGGAGAGCGCCAAACACAUAUUACUAUAGAGAGUUGAAGAAUAGAUUAUAUAUAAUCAUUAAAUGUGCUUGCUUGCAGGUCAUACCUCUGCAGCACAUGGUAUAUUUUAUGGAGAUCGGCUUGGUUGACUUUGGUUGACCUGACUUUGACUGGGCCGUGUGUUGUGUGAAACGUCUCCGGUUCGCAAGUUCGCUCCCACCUCACCUCAACCUCUCAACCUCUGCCUCUUCUGCCUCCUCUUCUUUUUCAUCCUCCGUUGUCAACCCUAAACACUCGACAACUCCCUCAGAUGGCUUGCAUCUGCUCCAUUUGACGGGCUGCUAUCCCAUCUCACAUGCUAUAUUGACUGCAUCCGCCGACGAGGCCCUUCAUCCACUGCGAAUCUCCAUCAUCGCCAGCAUUAUUUUGGAAUCAUACUUAGUAUACUUCUGCGACCCUGUCCAAGCUAUUUUGCUUCAGUAUAGGAAAUCUCUCAUUAUCCUCGCCUGUUUUCUUUUCCCUUUGACUUUUUUUCUCCCUCUCCAGCCCUGCUGUACCUUGGGUUGCGCAGGAAUACACCCUGCUCUUCCUUGCAACAAUAAAACUUCGCCCAUUUGGGUGUCAAAACCUCGCAUAACUUCGAUCAAUUCGAUUUGGAUGGUUGUGAUGAGAUAGAUGGAACUCAGGAGUCUCCUCACGGACCAGCCGUCGCAUGCAAGUUCUGCCAACGGGCCCUUGUCCACCCCACAAUCUCGACCCUUAGAGAAAGCCCAACACUACGUUACAACGAUGACAUCUGCACCUCCCCAGAACCAAGUGACACAUAAGGAUGGUUAUUCCACUCCUUCUGACGCUCCUGCUGCCAUUGAUGGCUAUGGUAGUGGCCCUGUUUCGCAGCAGCCAUCCCCUUGUAGUCCAUCUCCCAAGCACGUUGCCUUCGAGCUUCUCCUAGACGAAAACUCGAAGGUUAGGGCGCGUAUCCCCAUGCGAGUGCAAAUAUUCCCUCAUGAUACUACUGAUUCGAUCGUUACCACUGUCAAAAAUUUCUAUGGCAUCUAUGAAGGUGCAGCAAGCGGUGUGAGCUUCGAGGAUGAGAAUGGCAACACACUCAUCGCAAGAUACGAGAAUUUGAGAAAUAAUAUGACCGUCUAUGUGAGAGUCAUCCCUUGCCAUAGCUACCCCGAUAAUUAUGCACAAGCGGGCUACUAUAGUCCCGUUGAUGGCUAUCAACGCCCCAGCCUCGGGGAGCCAUUCCAGCAUCAGCCACAACACCCUGCGCAGGCCCUUGACUAUGGGCAGCCGCCUUCCCGACCACAGUCGAGAGUUGCAAGGAAGAGAAGCAAUUCUCCCGCUGGUCGAAGCCAUCGCAGUGUCUCUGCCCAAAAGGUUCCAUCUCGUUCUGGAAUUAAGAGCCGUGGGUCCAGCACCCACGGCAGCUUUCAGGACGACACUGUGGGGCCUUACAGCGACAAUGAUGACGACCAUGGAUCAAUGACAGGAUCGAAGAAGGCUAGAAGUGAGCAGUUUGCUAGCUCUGAAAUCAGUAUGGAUAAUAUACUGCAGGAUGGUAGAAGGAAACGACCCAAGUUUGAGAGCUCGGAACUGCCUCUGUUCGUACCGCCUCAAGUUCCCCUCACUACAUCAACAUCGUCGAUAUCUCCUCAACGACGUUCCACCGUGCAAGAAGGGCCCUCCCCCUUUGCAAGACCUGCCCAGCGUCCUUCCGUAGGACAACAACCUGUUCCAUCCCCCCAAGGGUAUGGGCGUCAUGAUGCAAUGUACGGAUUAAAUACACCUUUGAAUAACAUGUAUGGUACAUCGGCUCACCAUGGCCAUCGACUACGCGAUCGGACAAACGCACAAUCUAUUGGCGGUUUCGGAAACUCUGCCCGUCGUUCCAACAGCAAUGGCAUACUGCCGACCCCAGACCCGACAAUUGCGAGCUGCAUCUCCGACGAAGAUGUUGCAAUGCAGCUAAUUCGACUUGGUGACGUUUCGAAUUUCUCUCACGGGCGCACCUCUGCCUCGACCCUUGAUGACGCAUUUAGUGGCGCUGCUGAUGCUUCCUCGUCGACUGGCGCCACUACGGAUGGCUCAGAGGCCAGCGAGGAUGACGAUGAUCUUCCACCGCGCUCACGACGAAAGUUGGAAUCCAGCCCACUGCUCCCACCAGGUGUUCUCAAAAAGCAUCACAAGAACCUGGAUGAAAUCCUUCCUAGCUGCGACACCAGCGACCCAAGUAGUGAUGACUUUGAUGCGAGAUAUCAACAUGAGAAGGCUCAAGCACCUGUCAAGAAUGAACACGAUGACGAUACUGCCUACGAGGAUGCACCCAAAGCAAAGCGUCCGAAGGUCAAAACUUCGAACGCGGCGGCUCCCAAAGCCUCAGUCGCUAGGACAGGUGCAUCGGCCAAAACCGGUAAGGCCAACAAAAACCGCCCUGCUGCUACUUCCCGUAAAAGCAAGGCCCCUGCGAACAACAACAACAACCCGGGGUUUGCAGUUCCAUCAGCCCUCCCUCCUAUGACUACCCCUGCUACGUCACGCAAAGUAUCAUCAUCCGCAGUGAACUUCCAGCAUCAACUUGGUGCGGAUGAGGAAGACCUGUCCACCAAGCCUCGCUGCCAGCGCUGCCGCAAAAGCAAGAAGGGUUGCGAUCGCCAACGACCAUGCCAGCGGUGCAAAGAUGCAGGCAUUGGGAUUGAAGGUUGUAUUAGCGAGGAUGAGGGCAAUGGCCGCAAGGGCAGAUAUGGCCGCCACAUGGGAGUCCCAGUAAAAAAGAAUGAUGCUCCCCCCACCAGUGCUGGCGUCGUUUCCGCCCUCGGAAACAAUGUGCCCUAUCAUCAUGGAGCUGACGAGCGCUAUCAUCAUAUGGCCGCACCGUCCCUGGCACUUGCCUCGGCCCCCUCUAGCGUCGCUGAUAAAAACAAGAAGAGAAAGCGAUAGUGGUCACACAAAUCACAUCCUUCUAACGAACGGUGACUAUAUAUGAGAUAUUGCGUGGUGUUCAGUGGAGUGGCACUCUCACUGAUGCUGAGAGCCACAGUUCCCUCCCAGUGCUCUCUCUCCGAUGCGAUUGUUUAGUCGAGUGAAUUCUGUCUUUGCUUUCCCAUCCAAGUUCGCUAUGAGACAUAACUCAACGUCGCCUUACUGGCUUACAAAUUCCUUUUGGAAGACAGUGUGUUUGUUUCAUGCGUUGGUUUUAUUUUUGUCUCCUGACGCCAUUGUAUUCGCUCUUCCUACUCCCACGUGUCACGACAAACUCUCCGUAGAGAAGCUGAAGGUUAACGGCCUUUGAAUUUUCUCACAAAUUCCCUCCGUCUUUUCGUCGCUUCGUUACCAUCAAUGCUAUCAUCGCCUUUGUCACUCGUUUCUACAUGCUUUGCUUCUGCGCCUUUGAAAAGCCUCACCCAAGCUUCCUAUCCGGAUAGCCCGAUCCACCUAGAUUAAAAGCCCCAACGCUAUAACUAUCCUUUACCUACCCAACUUACUUUCCUUCAUUACCUUUUCGUCUUCCCAGCGAAAUUAUAUCUAGUUUACUUUUCUUAUCUUAGCGAGCGACUAGUUUCCUUUGGCUGAAUACGGGGAGGGAUUUGACACUUUGUUGUUGCGAUGUGUUUGUCGUACUUAUAUUGUCUUUCCAACGGCUAUAUUGUUGUAUUUGCUCCAGUUUUAAUAUGUUCGAGUUUAUGUUUUGCUUUGUUUCCGAUUGCCGAUUGCUUUAGUAUUUGAUUUUUUCCCCUCUCUUUAUUUACACACUCUUUCAUUGCAUUAAUGUACGAAAGCCGUGUGGUGGAACAUUCAUUGCAGGGCAGGUUAACGGCAGCAUGUUCGCCGCUCCAUGGGCCGACACUGCCCUUGACCUGUGGGAUAUAUUGACUGAGUGUCUAAAGAAGAGCACAACACUGCGGGAAACGGUGGAGAUGCGCCAGAUUGCAACGGACAAAUGAUUUUUUGAAAGGGGGGACAGAUAUUUUCUCAUAAAACGAGAAAAAAGAGGGAGAAGAAGGAACCCAAAUUGUUUCCCUUCAAACAUCUAUCGGAGAAUCGUAUCAUUCUGUUCCAUUUCUUCUGUUUCUUGCGCAGCUAUUCUUCUGCGGUACUCCCUGGGCUCAUUAUAUACAUACUUUUCUCUCCCCUCACCCUAUCACUACCGCUUGCCCACCCUGCUUGUUAUCAUUCCUAUAUUACCACUAUUGUUUGAUAUUAAAAUCAAUUGCACCAAGUACAUGUUAUUUAUUUAUUUAUUUUCCUGCACUUUUUCUUUAUCAACUCUAGCCUUUUAUUAUAAUAUCGCCCCCCUGCUAUGUAUGUACUUGCCUCCAAAAAAAAAAAAAAAAAAAAAAAAAAA